AUGCCGAUCGCCCAGCAGACGAGCUUAGGAUGGAUCUUGUCCGGAGGCUACGACGCCGCAGCACCCGAAGGCCAUCGCCGCACGUUCCAGUGCACCACAGACCACGACCUCGCUAACAUGGUUCGACGCUUCUGGGAGCAGGAACGCGAGCCAGUAGCUGGGACACCGCUCACCGCCGACGAAGCCAGGUGCGAAGACUUCUACGUGCGCACGGUCACUCGCACGUCCAGUGGCAGGUACAUGGUGAGGCUGCCAUGUACUUCACCGCCGCCGACAUCGCUCAGCGAGACUCGUCGACCCGCAGAGCGCCUCCUGGAAGCCAUGGAGCGGAAGGGAGCACGAGAUCCUCGCUUCGGUGACCUCUAUCGAGAUUUCAUGGAGGAAUACGAGAACCUGCAACAUAUGGAGCGCACACGGUCCGGAGAGUCGCUGAACGCACACCUCCUCACUGGAGCCAAUCUCUUGCCAACACUCGCUGAUGUCCUACUUCGUUGGCGUUGGCAUCGGUACGUUCUCGUCACGGAUAUCGAGAAGAUGUACCGACAAAUUCUUGUACAUCCGGAGGAUCGUCGCCUGCAAACCAUCUUGUGGCGCCACACCAGCUCUGAUGACGUCCACGAGUACGAGCUGAGGACCGUGACCUACGGGCUAGCGUGUGCACCCUUUCUCGCCAUCAGGACUCUUCAUCAACUCGCAGCAGACGAAGAGGCACGAUAUCCACGCGGAGUCAAGGCACUGCGACACGACUGCUACGUCGACGACGUGGUCACCGGCGCUGAUAGCUUGGAGGACGCUAUCGACCUUCAGCAGGAACUACGGAGUCUUUGCAUGGUGCUCACCGGAGUUCCACCGGAACAUCGGCAUCAACGCAAACCGCACUCAUGGGAGGGAGAGAGUCACGCUACCUUGGGCCUCCGAUGGCAUCCGCAAGGUGACUGGUUCUCCUUCACCAUACGUCCGCGUGCAAUCACCGACUUCACGAAGCGACGAGUUUUGGCCGAGACGGCUCGACUCUUUGACCCGAUGGGGUGGCUCGCACCUGUCGUCAUCAGAGCCAAAAUUCUGAUUCAGACGACGUGGCUUCAACGGCUGGACUGGGACUCCCCGCUGCCUGAUCAGGACGCACACCGCUGGAGGCAGUUGUUGAAUCAGCUUCCUCUUCUAGAUGACAUCCGCAUAACUCGCUGGCUCAACACUGGGACCGACCAUUCACAACUGCAGCUCCAUGGGUUUGCCGACGCAUCAGAGCGAGGGUACGCCGCCGUGGUGUACAUCCGCAACGCUGCAACAGAGAAAACAUCAAUCAACCUGUUGAUGGCAAAAUCCAAGGUCGCACCUGUCAAGCAGGUGUCGUUACCUCGCUUGGAACUCUGUGCAGCAGCUCUACUUACCACGCUCAUGCUCCACGUGCGCUCUACUCUCGGUUUGACAACGACGCCAGUGCAUCUGUGGUCAGAUUCAAAGGUCACGCUCCACUGGAUUCAAGGACACAGCACCCGCUGGAAAACCUUUGUCGCCAAUCGAGUGUCUCAGAUCCAGACCCUGCUGCCAGACGCUCAAUGGAGACACAUCGCUGGACGAGAGAAUCCUGCAGAUUGUGCAUCACGCGGUGUUACUCCUGACGAACUCAUUAAGCAUAAACUGUGGUGGACAGGACCUACCUGGCUGUCAGGAGACGAGACUGCAUGGCCUUGUUCCGUCAUCGAAGCCGCAGAGGAUGACCUCCCGGAGCAGCGAGCCACCAGUUUGGUGGUCAAGGCACCGAUCACGGCCGAACCUGACCUCCUCCUCCGGUUCCCGACGCUACAAAGGCUGCUGCGAGUUACUGCAUGGUGUCGGCGAUGGCUCAAUCCGGCGAGACGCGACGUCAUACUUGGCCGCACUUUGCAUCCGGACGAGCUGGACGUCGCCUUAUUUCGAUGGCUGCGAGUGGUGCAGGCGCUCCACUUUCCUACGGACGUAGCUGCGGCCUCUGCUGGACGCACUAGUCCACCGCGAAGCCACCUAGCGAGGUUGAGUCCGGUCCUCGAUGAUCAAGGCGUGCUGCGCGUCGGAGGACGUCUCAAGCAUGCUCAGCUACCACUCGACGAAAGACAUCCAAUGAUCAUCCCGGCGGCAUCAUGGUUGACUCGGCUGGUGAUUGAUUCCUGCCACCGACGGACACUGCACGGAGGUGUGCAACUGACUCUCGGCUUGCUCCGCCUGCGUUUCUGGGUGCCCCGAGGAAGGACCACCGUCAAACAGCAGCUACACCGAUGCGUGACCUGCACUCGAUGGCGCGCCGCAACACCACAGCCUCCGAUGGGUAACCUUCCUCGGGACCGAGUAACGCCAACUCGACCGUUCCUCAGCACCGGUUUGGACUACGCGGGACCAAUCCUCCUCCGGACCAGCAAGGGGCGUGGACACCGUGCGCACAAGGGAUACAUCGCCGUCUUCGUCUGCUUCUGGUCGAAGGCCAUUCACUUAGAAGUUGUCUCGGACUACACCUCGGAGGCCUUCAUCGCCGCGCUGCGCCGCUUCAUCUCCCGCCGGGCGGCCCCGCACUUUGGUGGUUUGUGGGAGGCCGCCGUAAAGUCGACCAAGUUUCACCUCCGUCGGGUGAUCGGCGAGACCACCCUCACGUUCGAGGAGUUGAGCACACUCCUCGCCCAGAUCGAAGCUUGUCUGAAUUCACGUCCGUUACAGGCACUCUCAGAUGAUCCAGAGGACGUCUCGGCGCUGACCCCCGGUCACUUCCUCGUUGGGGCACCGCUCCUCGCCUUGCCGGAACCGUCAUUGACAGAGCAGACGGUGUCCACCUUGUCACGUUGGCGUCAUCUGCAGCGGAUGAGGGAUCACUUCUGGCAGCGAUGGUCAUCCGAAUACGUGCACGGACUCGCCCCACGCACCAAGUGGCUCAAGGAUGCACCUGCACCCCACGUCGGCGAUCUCUGUCUCGUGCGCUCCGAGAUCACCCCUCCGAGCCGAUGGCCUCUCGCUCGCAUAUUGCGUUUGCACCCCGGAGACGACGGAAUUACACGCGUCGUGACCAUCCGAACGGCCACGUCCGAGCUCGUGCGCCCACUCGUCAAGCUCGUGUUUCUUCCGGGCGUGAACGACGCGCCUACACCGCACAUUGACACAUAG